UACACACAGCCUGCCACUGAGAAAAUAGCCUACUACUACUAGCCCAUAGCUUGCACUGCCUCCUCACACUUUACCACAGCUACCAGCUAGGGAACACACCACAGACACACCACAGCACAGACACACUUUACCACAGCUACCAGCUAGGGACCACAGCACAGCACAGACACACAGACACACAGACACACUUUACCACAGCUACCAGCUAGGAAACACACCACAACAUAGACACACUUUACCACAGCUACCAGCUAGGGAACACACCACAACACACCACAGCACAGACACACAGACACGAUGGGAACUGUGAGAGUGUUAUUCUUCUCCGUUAUACUGUCACCGUGUCUCUCCUUGACUGGGAAACACUUUAACCAGGAUGCAACGCUCCGACUGGAACAACAGGAUGUGCUGUUCGAUAGAGAAGGUUAUCUGGAAGCAACGAGGUCUAAGAGAGAGGCAGCAGCGUUGUGGCUGGGAGAGGACUACGACUCCAGCAUGGUCUUCCUGCCUGCUGAUGAACCAGACCAUGCCCCAGAGCUGCCCACAUGCCUGCUGUGUGUGUGUCUGACCGGCUCUGUGUACUGUGAGGAGGUCGUUCCAGAGAUGACUGCUGUGCCCACCCUGCCCAAGGAGACUGCCUACCUCUACGCCCGCUAUAACAAGAUCAACAAGAUCACCAAUAAAGACUUUGCAGAAAUCGGUGAGUAGGGGUUGAAACAUAAAG